AUGCGUCCAAACGUACGUCUCCUCGCGGCGCCGGUCACGCCCCGGUUUCGACCAGGCCAACGUGCUCCUGCUCUGGCUCUCCUGCCACCCAUUCCUCUGUACCGCCGACUACUCCGCAUCCACCGCAAGAAGCUCAGUCCGGAAGAGCGGGUGUUCGGCGACACCUACCUCAAGGCGGAGUUCCGACGACACCGAGACAUCGAGAACCCUCUCCAUAUUGUUGGAUUUCUGACCGAGUGGCAACAAUACGGACAACAGCUGGAGGGAGACGAUUGGAAGGGGCGAAAGAUCGACAACGACCUCCUUGAGCGGAUGAGCGACCAACAGAUUGGGCAACUAUACGAGCUGAUGCAAGCCAUCCAGACCAGAGGACGGGACAGUGUAGAUGAGGAAGAGGCGGGUUCCAUGUCCCAGGCAAUUGAAGACGCUACGGCAGGUGAUAAAAAGGCGUCCUAA